GUGUUCCUGGAGCAAUGUCUUCCCAGCAGCAGCAGCAGCAGCAGUGCCCACCACAGAAUGUCCAGCAGCAGCAGGUGAAGCAGCCCUGUCAGCCACCCCCUGUCAAAUGUCAAGAGACCUGUCCACCCAAAACCAAGGAUCCAUGUGCUCCCCAGGCCCAGAAGCAAUGCCCACCCAAGGGCACUGCCAUUCCAGCCCAGCAGAAGUGUCCCUCGGCGCAGCAAGCCCCCAAGAGUAAACAGAAGUAAGAAUGGACUGAAGAUUACCACACGUCCUUCCAGGCUGCCAGAUGACGCCUUCUCUUCUACCCACAGCACUUCCCUC